CCCGUCACAUAAAUUAGCUAUGAACUCACUCUCUGUGUGAAUAACUUUUGAGUGUUGACGAAAACCCUUCCCGCCCCCACAAUUCCCCCAAUUUUGACUGAUCAAAUCCGAUGGACGGCGGCGAUAGCAGUGAAGAAAGUCCGGUACAGACUAAAAAAGGCAAAUCGAAAGCUGUCCAGAAACCUAAAGCCAGCGCUCUCAAACAAAAAUCUCCGGCAGAGUUUUUUGCUGAGAAUAAAAACAUUGCUGGAUUUGAUAAUCCUGGGAAAUCACUUUACACUACAGUGAGAGAGCUUGUUGAAAACGCGCUUGAUUCUGCAGAGUCCAUUGCAGAGCUUCCGUUUGUUGAAGUAACAAUUGAGGAGAUUAAUAGAAGCAAAUUCAAUUCUAUGAUUGGUCUGAUUGACCGGGAGCGAAUUGAUGAGGCAUUGUAUGGUGAUUUUGAGACCGACAAGGCUCGUGAGAAACGCCUUGCCAAAGAAGCUCGUUUUCAAGAAGUUCAGGCUAAAAAUGUUGCCCUCGGGAAGAAAGUAAAAGAACCCGCUUCUUCUAAGGCCAUUAAGGGUCGGGGUGAUGCCUCAUUUUACAGGGUCACUUGUAAGGAUAAUGGAAGAGGAAUGUCCCAUGAUGAUAUCCCAAAUAUGUUUGGACGAGUUUUAUCUGGAACAAAGUAUGGAUUGAAGCAAACACGUGGAAAGUUCGGACUUGGUGCAAAAAUGGCAUUAAUUUGGUCAAAGAUGAGUACAGGACUACCUAUUGAGAUUUCCUCAUCGAUGAAGAGUCAAAGCUACACUUCGUUCUGCAGGCUGGAUAUAGAUAUUCAUCGGAACAUUCCUCAUAUUCAUUUGCAUGAGAAGAGAGAUGACAAGGAGCAAUGGCACGGAGCUGAGAUCCAAGUUGUAAUUGAGGGAAACUGGACAACAUAUCGUUCUAAGAUAUUGCAUUAUAUGCGUCAAAUGGCUGUUAUUACUCCAUAUGCCCAAUUCAUGUUUCGAUUUGUAUCAGAAACAUCAGAUAAAAAUGUCAGCAUAAGCUUUGCGAGGAGAACAGAUGUAAUGCCUGCAGCUCCUCUUGAAACAAAAUAUCAUCCAUCAGCUGUGGAUUUACUUCUAAUCAAACGCCUCAUUGGUGAAACUUCAAAGCAGUUCCUUUUGCAAUUUCUUCAGAGUGAGUUUGUAAACAUUGGGAAGUUGCAUGCUGAACGAUUGAUUGGAGAAAUGGGUCCAGAUUUCAGCCCCAAAACACCAGUCAAGUCACUGACUCAGCAGCAAAUUGUUCGCAUCCAUCAGUUGUUUCGGCAAGCCAAGUUUGAUGAUCCUAGUGGUGAUUGUCUUAGUCCUGCAGGGGAGUACAACCUCCGCUUGGGUAUCAUUAAGGAACUGCACCCAGACAUGGUUGCAACUUAUACUGCAAGUGCUCAGGUAUUCGAAGGACACCCGUUCAUUGUGGAAGCUGGAGUGAGCGUGGGUGGAAAAGAUGUCAAGCAAGGUUUAAAUAUCUUCCGGUUUGCUAAUCGGAUUCCGUUGCUGUUUGAGCAAGGUGCUGAUGUUGUCACCAGAACUGCUAUGAAGAGAAUCAAUUGGAACAGUUACAAAAUUAACCAGACACAAGACAAGAUCGGUGUUUUUGUUAGCAUUGUAAGCACCAAAAUUCCUUUUAAAGGGACCGGAAAGGAAUAUAUUGGAGAUGACAUAAGUGAGAUUGCUAAUGCCGUCAAGUCUUCCCUUAAACAGUGCUGCAUUCAGCUAAAGUCAAAAAUAGUGAAGAAAAUUCAGGCCCGUGAGCAGCAAGAGAGAAAAAGAAAUUUAAGCAAGUACAUUGGUGAUGCUACAGGUGCUAUCUACUCAAUAUUGAAAGAGGGAUCACAGCUGCAUGCAAAUAAGAAGAAACGCCUGGAGAUCAAGGAUGAAGAUGCAGAAUUUCUGCAGAAGGUUUCCAGUCGUGUAGUAACAAAAGAAAUCCUGAGUGAAAAGCUUGCUCAGCAUGUGGAGCAGGUGGACUACGAGAUGGCAAUGGAAUAUGCCACACAAAGCGGAGUUAGAGAAGAACCGAGAGAAAAUAUAUACUUACAAGCUCUGGAGCCUCAAAAGAAGUUCAUAGACUUCCAUACUCCAGUCUUUGUCUUCAGGCUCUUCCAGUAGGUAAUCUCCAGAUUUAGAUUAGAUAUAAAGUUAACCCAUAGAAUUUUUUCACAUAAUUUCACUGUAUCAAACUAAAAAUCGCCAAAGAUUGGAUUAGUUUCAAUUAGGAUUAAAUGUCCGCCUGUUAUCUCAAAUUUGAGUAUUUGUAUUCGAAUUUUGUAUUCAAGUUAAUAUUACAAAUUGGAGAUUCUUGUUAUUACAAA